CGGUCGAUCAUGGGGAACCUGAAGUUUCUCAUAUACUUUUGUGUGUGUGUAGGGAGUAUAGGUUGUCAGAGGACACCCGGCCCAUGCUUGGGGUUGCCAGGUGUGAAGUUAAAUGCCAGCUCCACUGAACAGUUUAUCACUUCACCAGGAUUUUCUGAUAACUACGCUGAUGAUCUGAAUUGCUCCGGGACAAUUCGGAACCCUGCUGGUUGCGGUCUGAUACGUAUUGAUGUCAAACUCCUUGACUUAGAACAGGAGAACGACAAACUUCGACUUCGAUACGGUUCGUCAAGCACAGAAAAGUACGUUGUGACUACAUCGGAACAUAUAAUACCAAGUGAGAGUGUUACAAUCAGGUUUACAUCUGAUGGCAGUAACACACAUUCCGGUUUUAUACUUUCAUAUUCUAUCACAG